ACUGGUCGUCUCGGAUUCCUCAUCUCUCACACGCCUUUCCUCACUCGUCUUUACUCACGCUCAAGAUGAAGGCCGCCCUCUUCGCCCUCGCCGUCGUACUUGCGUCUCCGCUGGCGUCGUCCGCAGCCAAGCUGUCGGUGACGGAGCCUCCGGGUUACGUGAUCCGCACCCCAGCCAUCCCCUUCACGGCCGAGGAGGGCAGGGGAUUCCAGCAGGCUCCUUCUGUUAACUUGGCAUCCAUUCCUUCUGCUGUUCCUGCUGCUGCCUCUAGGCCUGCUGCUCCUAGACCUGCUGCCCCUAGGCCUGCUGCGCCUGCUGCAGCUGUACCUGCGCCUCUGUAUCAAGGGCCUGCCGCUGGGUCCUCCGGCGUGCUGGGACAGCAGGCCUUCCAAGGGGCUGCCUCUCAGGGCCCUCAGGCGCCUGCGCAGUACAACUUUGGCUACGCAGUGAACGCCAACGACGCCACCGGCAACAGGCUGGACUUCGGGCACCAGGAGGAGCGCAAUGGGGCACAGACCUCCGGCAGCUACUUCGUCCUGCUCCCUGACACCCGCGUGAUGAGAGUCGAGUACACGGUGGAUGAGUUCGGCUUCCACCCCGUCGUGACCUUCGAGGGCGAGGCUGUCUUCCCCGUGGGCGCCCCUGCUACGCCCAUCGGCUCCUCCGCCCGCAGCCCCGACCAGCUCUACGCCGCCCCGAGCCGGAAGUAGAAGGGGAGGAGAGAAAGAAAGCGAUAAGGAUAAGGAGGAGAGGAAGAGGGAGAGUAGGAGAAGGAGGAGGUGAAGGAAGAGAGAGAAAAGGAGAAAGAGGAAGGAGG